AUGGACGAUGAACCUGCCAACUCGGGUCUCCUCCAGGACGAAGAGUUUUGGUUCGACGACGGUAACGUUAUCCUCGUGGCCGGCGAGGUCCAAUUUCGAGUCUACAUGGGCCCUCUUAUGCGGCACGCACCAGUCUUCGCAGACAUGUUCUCGUUUCCCCAACCACCGGAUCAGGCUGGUAUUCAGCCCCAAGAAAACCGUGUUCCUACUGUCUACCUCGCCGACAGCCCUUCUGAUCUCCGUCACUUCCUGCGGUGUAUCACGCUCGGCAAGGAUCUCAUGAUCGGGCCCAUCGAGCCCUCCUUCGACGAGAUCUCCGCAUGCAUGCGCCUCGGCCACAAGUACCAAUGUGACCAGAUGGUGCAGCGCAGCAUCGACUACCUCAAGGACUACUUCCCGGACGACAUCGACGUGUGGGUCGACGAUGCGCCGCACGACCCGCCCAAGUUCGAGCCGAUCCACCGCAUCGGCGUCGUCAACCUCGCGCGCACGACGGGCGCGGACGCGCUGCUCCCUGUCGCGCUCGCGCGCUGCUGCCUGCUCGACGGCGAGAUCGUGAGCGGGUUCGCGCGCGAGGACGGCACCCCGGAGGCCCUCGCGCGGGACGACCUGGCACGCGUGUUCGCGGGCAAGGCGCGCCUGAUGCACACGAACGUGUACGCGACGCACCGCGUGUUCCGCCAGGCGGUCGCAAAGGACUGCAAGCGGGCGAAGGCGUGCGAGGGCGUGCUGAGGCGCCUCCUUACGGAGCUUGUGCAGGACGAGGCGGUGAUGGACCCGCUGAGGCUCACGUAUGCGUGGGGCGCGUACGUCGACCGGAUCGAAGUAAAGAAGGGAGAUGGGGAGCGCGAGCUCUGUGCGAAGUGCUAUGCGAUGCUGAAGACGGAGCGGGUGAAGGAGGAGCAGCGCGCGCUGUUCCGCGCGUUGCCGGCCAUGAUGGGUGUCACCGUGGAGGGCUGGGCUACGAAACCGGGCGCGGAUGCGACUGCAUCUACUCCGUGAAAUCUGGUAUCGACGGUCGUGUAACAGGUCUCGUUUCUUGGGUUGCGUACGGAUACAUUGUUUGAGAAUCAGUGUUGUACAACAUCUUUACUGUACAAUAGCGGGUAUACAUCCUUGUAACAGAACGCAGUCCAGGUUUGGUGUACAUCGUGUCUCGAUAGCAACGAAGGCAGCCUGAGGCUUAAGGCUCGCUCUUGGGCUUCUCUCCCCAAUCCUCCGGCGGCGCGACUCCCAUCAUCGUCGGCAGCACCUGCCACACCUCGCGUUGCAGCUGCCGCGGCCGCUCCUCUUCCAGCAUCCGGUAGCACUUCGCGCACAGCUCGCGUUCCUCGUCCUUAUCGUCCACGUACCCCGCCCACGGCGCGCACCAGUCGAGGUUCGACACGAGCUCGAUGCGCGCAUCCCCGAGCUCGUUCAGCAGCCGCUGCAGCACGCGCAGGCAGCACGCGGGGUGGCGGCACCCGCGCGCGACGCUCUGGCGGAACAUCUGGUGCGCGAUCCGCGCGCUCGCCUGCGCCAUGCGGGCGCGUCCGACGAAGCAGCGUCCGAGGUCCUCCGCGGAGAGCAUCUCGCGCGAGCCGUCCGCGCGCGCGAGCCCGUGCACGAGGUCCGCGCCGAGCGUGCAGCACUCCAUCAGCGCGGCGGGGAGGAGCGCGGGGACGUUCACGAGCCGCGCGAGGUUGACGACCCCAAUAGCGUGUGUGCGCGAUAGGGUGGAGGGGCGCGUGCGGCGCGCGAGGAGGUAGGAGUCGAAGUCUGC